AUGAGCUUCUUCAAAAACCUGUUCAAGGAGGUACGUUGCUCGCUUUGCCAGGUCACGGACUCGCUCGAUCAUGCAAACGGUGUCGACAAACGCAGCAGACUGACAGCUCUCUAGAAGGGGGUGAAAGAUGUCAUAACCCUCUUCCACAGCCCCAAGAAUGCGGUCUCGACACGAGUUCACACACUUCUGAAGCAACUGAAUGCGACCGCCGUCGCGCACGCGACCGAAGACCAGGCGAGCGAUCACAGCAAUCAGAGCAAGCUUGAGAGGACGGAGUUUGAGCUUGGUACGUUUGCAGGGCUACCACGAGGAGUAAAAUGGAGCUGACGAGGAGAUCCGUAGAUAUACAAGAGGGGGCUCCCACCAGCGAUCAGCUGAACAGCAUUCUUGAAUACCUGGGGCCUUCGAAGGCAGGCAGCGUCGUAGACGGCGCCACGGGAACCAGCGACGCGCUGCGCAAGUUUAAGCAGAAUGAGAACGCUUUCCAGCGUCCCGUGACUGUUGACUGGAACAAUGGAAGAGCGGGUGAGUGUCAUCCGGCAAUUGAAAGGCCAGAGCAGUCUGGGAUAUCAAGAACGACCUACUAAUGCUCUGCUAGUUGUUGGUGAUAACGAGAGCGAAAUCAUGAAGCUUGUCCGAACCAUUCCAAAGGAGACCGAGAAGGUGUAA